AUGCGAGCGGCCGUCGUCCGCGCUCUGCCCUCGCGCCUCUCCGCGGCGGUCGGGGAGGCCGCGGGCCUCGCCUCCGCGCUGUCGCAGGACAGGUCCCUCGCCACGUCACUCCCCCCCCGGGAGCCAUCUGGGCGCCCGGUGCGCUCCGCCAAGCGCCCCGCCGCGGGCAGCCCGCCCUUCGACGACGACGCCGUCCUCGCGCAGCACCCCGACAUGGUUCUGCCUCCGAACCACGAGUCCGGGAUGCGGCGCGUGCGCCCGAACGCCACGCGGCGGCUCCAGCCCCGGGACGUGGGGUUGCCGCAGCCGACGCAGUACCUCGACCACGUGCAGACGGGGCGGCUGCUGCAGCUGCUCAAGGACGACAGGGAGCCCUUCGCGGAGCUCGUCGGGCUGGUGUCGGCGCCGGCGCAGGAGCUCGAGAGGGACCUGCGUCAGGCCAAGGACAAGCUGGGCGACCUGGGGAGGGCGGUGGACUUCAACUACCUGAGUCAGGUGGCGGCGCGGGAGGGCGAGGGCGAGGCGGGGGAGAAGAAGGAGUAG